CAUGUUUUUCUAAAAUUAAUUUGAUUAAUUUUCCCAAUAUUUCACGUAAAUCCAUUCAGAGAUUAUUCUUGUUUUCAAAAAAUCUCACUUGAUUGGAAAAUUAUUCAGAAAACUUAAGAAAAUUGCAGGAAAACACACCGUGUGAAAGAGACAAUCAACACUACUUGUGAGAAAGAGUGAAUUUUUGACGUUUUCGUUCAGUUAUAUUUCUCUCCCUCGCACACACAUACAUCGUAUACUGCUAUCUCACUCUGUAUUGUCCAGAGGAAAAAUUCCUUUCGAAAAAGAUAAGAAAAAUCGAGAAAAUUCAGUGAAAAACUAAAGAAAAAAUGCCCCAACCGUUUCUCCCCUUCACAGAGGAGCCCCCCUUCAUUGGAGACUGGGUUUGUGAGAUGAAACUCGGCUCCGGGGGCUUCGGGUUUGUGACUUUGUGGCGAAACCGGAAGACAAGGGAAGCAGUUGCUGUGAAGAAAUGCAGCCUCCUAACCACAAAUGAUUCCAUCUCGGAGCGUCAGAAGGACAGGUGGGAGUACGAAGUGAAGCUGAUGACCACCAGCAUCAAGUGUGACAACAUUGUGCGCACUGUGGCUGUAUCGCAGGAAUUCCAGGAGGGCUUGCUGAGGAACAAUCCGUCAAAAUUGCCUGUUCUUGUGAUGGAGUACUGCGAGGAGGGAGAUCUCCGGCGUUUCAUGACAAAGAAAGUCAAUUGCAGUGGAUUGCCGGAACCAGAGGUACGGGGGAUCUUAGGGGCUCUCCGGAAGGCAAUUUCCUACCUCCAUGACCAGAAGAUCACGCAUCGGGACAUCAAGCCGGAGAAUAUUGUGCUGAAGCGUGAGAAUGACAAGAUUAUCUACAAACUGACGGAUUUGGGGUAUGCCAAAUUGCUGGACAGACAGAGUCUCCAGGCGAGUCUUGUGGGAACAAUGGAGUACCUGGCUCCUGAGUUACUGCAUAGUGACAAGUACAGCUGUACCGUGGAUUACUGGUCACUGGGAUUGAUUGCCUUUGAAAUCAUCUGCGGAUGUCGUCCCUUCCUCCCAAAUGCUUCCAUGGCUCAGUGGAUGCUCCGGGUGAAGCAGAAGCGCUCUGAACACAUUUGCAUUGUGGAAGAUCAAGAAGGGAAUGUUCAGUAUCGUUCUGAGCUCUAUCCGGAAAAUCAAAUUUCUUCCUGCUUCAAGCGCAACAUGGAGCAAUGGUUGCGUCUGGCUCUCGAGUGGAAUCCCAAACAGAGAGGAUUUGUCUUUGAGGUACCCCAAUCAAAUGCAUCAGAAGGUGAAAAAACCUCCAAGAAAGUUAAAUUCUCCGAGAACACUGUCGAGGACGAUGAGGAAGCUCCCGUGAAGCAGGGACCAGUGCACGUCCUGAAAAUCUUCACAAUGCUCGAUGAGAUUCUCAGCAAGAAGAUCCUGACGGUGUUCUCCCUGUACACGUAUGAAUUUCUCAGCUAUGAGAUAACUCCGCAGAAUACUUUGGCUGAUUUGCGCACCUGGGUGGCGGAAAGUACGAAAAUCCCAGCGGAGUAUCUGGAUUUCAUCCUGCCAAUCAUCCAAACGCUCCAGAGUAUCGAUGAGGAGACAAAAUUGACAGAUUUGCUGAUUGAGGACAACUUCCGGGAGCCCAUGUUGUUUGUCAUGAAGAAGGGAAGUGUCAUAAAUACAGAUGUAAAGCCAAAGAUCCCGGAUUCCUUCAUUGGGGUCUUUGAGAACCCGAAGACAAAGCUCAAAGUUCAAGUUUUGAAGCGUUUUGCAAGCAAUUCGUACUUCUUUGUGCGCAAUGAGCAGCAUCUGUACACAACAGCCAUCAGUGGGAUUUGCAACUUUGCCCUCUGGCUCAAUGAUCACAUUAUCAAAUUCAAACCAACUCUGGGGCAGAUGAUUGAGGGGGCAUUUGAGCUUCGGGGACUCCUCAGAGCCUACGAGAGCUCUCUGAGUCACACAAAAGAGAAACUCCUCGAGAGGGAGAUGAUUUCCGUCCUGAGUGCCUCCUUCAUUUCCUGGCAAGAAUCCUACGACAGGAUGUUGAGUAAUGCAAAUAAACUCAUUGAGGCAUCGAGGAAGAUCUGGAUUAGAUAUGAUUCAGUGCUAAAGAGAAGCCGAGAAGCAGUCAAGAAUAAAAUUCUCGAAGGAACAGAAGACGUUUUCAAUGCGAGUUUCUUGGACAAAUACUACGACAAAAUUCGCUACGAUAUAAUUGAGAAGAGGAUCUCGGAGGAUUCUCACAGGGAUAUGCUGAAGAUUGUGUACAAGUGCCUCAAGGAUCGCGACAAUCUCCUGCGAAAUCGGGAAUUUGUCAAAUAUCAAGAAUUCCUUUUGGGCAUUCAGGUGGAAAUUGAGGAGAUUCAGAAGGCAGUUGAGAAGGCCAUAGCCCAGGCUGGUGUCUACCAGCGGGAUGUGCUGAAGAUGAACGCUGAGCAUCAGGAGAAUAUUUGGAAUCUUUCCGGGAGCUGUGAUGGUCGUGUGAGCGACAAUAUGCCGGAUUUGGAGAAUAUGCUGGAGAGUUUGAAGGCUGAGAGUGAGGGCAAAGGGUCUUGUUCGGCUGCUUCUAAUGAGGCCAAGAUGGGGGAAUCAAUUGUUGACUCCUUGGGCAGCAUUUCAUCUUCCCAUCUGUGCUUUGGUGAGAAUCCCGACACAAAGACCCUCCUGGAAGAUAACAAGUCCUUGAUUUCUGCGUUGGAUCAUCUUCUAAAAGAUGGGCUCGGGGAGCUGCUCUCUGAUUCCACUACCACCACCACGAAUGACAACACCAAGUAACGCGUGAUUUGUAUCUAUUUUUAUUUUCUAUCUAUUAAAUGAACCUUAUUGCUUAUUGGUGGACAAUGAA